AUGGCAUCAACUGCUUCUGCUCAAGUCUUUGCUUGUCCUGCCGUGUAUAAAAAGAAGAAUGGUGUCAUGACUGUAUCAAACUCACUGUUUUCUUGGACUGAAACGGCUGCUUCUUCUCCUGCUAUUUCCAUUCCUUAUGAAGCCAUCAAGGCUCAGUUGGUUAAUGCAAUUGGUCCUUCUGGCAAGGUUUUAUUGAAACUGUCCUUGUGGCCUGUAGGAGAUACUCCAGAAACAAACCACAACUUUUCUUUUCCAAAUCCAGCUACUGCCGAGUCAGACAGAGAUCACAUCAAGGAUUAUCUUGCAACUCGCAUCGCUGCUGUUCGUCAACGAUCUGCUACUCCCGCUUCUGCAAAACCUACUUCUUUACCACGUACUGCUUCCGCUACUACUUCCAGUCUUACUCUUCAAGAUCUACAAGCAAGGCAGGCUCUUUUAUCCAAAAAUAAAGAUCUGGCUAAAUUACACAAGGAAAUUGUCAUUGGUGGUCUGAUUAGUGAGCAGGACUUUUGGAAUACUAGACAGCAAACUCUUAUCAAUCAAGAAUGGCAAGCUUUUCAAAAAAAAGGAAUUUCUUCUGGUUCUCUGGCUGAUACUAAACCAACUGUUGACGGUGAUGGAAAUGAUCUCAAAUAUAAACUCACUCCAGAUAUCAUACAUUCCAUCUUCAUCGAGUAUCCUGCAGUGCACAAGGCAUUCCAGGACCAUGUGCCUGAUAAAAUGACUGAAAAAGAGUUUUGGGGAAAAUACCUUGCAUCAAAAUACUUUCAUCGCAAUCGUACCACUGCUAUCAAGGAAACUGAAGAUCUAUUUGACAAGUAUAUGCAAGAGGACGCAAAUGAUUUACUUUUGAAUCCUACUGGAGUUCAGUUUACUAUACACAACAAAUUGAUUGAUCUAACUACAACAUCAGAAGAUCACGUAGAGACGGGAAACCGACCCGAUUCCACUAUGCGUGCUGGAUUUGUACAAACAUCUCUCCCGCUUAUUAGGAAAUUUAACCGUCAUUCAACUUUUAUUUUGAAAAGCUCCAUGUAUGUUGGAACAGUCUUGGAGGAUUUGGAGCCCAUUAAAGCAUCUAGACUUGCACCGCUAAACAUUCAAGAUCCAGCAAGCUAUUUUGAUUCCUUGACACAAGAAUCUAGUUUGAAAACUGGCCAAACAUCUGUAUCUGACAAGCAAUUGCACACUUUUCAAAGUCAUAUGCAGUCGUGGUCUUUGAAAAUAUCCAAGCUUUCUUAUGGUACAUGCCAAUCGGAUACUAUCUUUCAAGCAGUGUCAGAACUCAAUCGAAAACGGCGAAAUGAUCAACUGAAUCAACAGGUAUCGCGAGUAAAACACUUUAAACACUACCAGGAAACCAAAGACAUAAUGGUGUCUGUAAACGAACUUCUCCGUCACUACUGGAGCAAUUUGAACUUGGUCAAAUUAGGCGAAGCCAGUAUGAAGGACAAAGUAUUUCGAAUUGCUGCCGCUUUGAAAAAGUAUAUGGCCCAACUAAAUGUUAUUGAAACUCAAGCUAAACUUGUUGGAGAGGAUCGUGGUGUAUCAUUGAUUAAUACUGCAUCAAUUAGUAUCGAGGCUGCACUUAAAGCACUUCCUUCAGCAGCAAGAUAA